ACGCACUUUAACGCCCUACUGCACCAUAGGCAUACAUACAUUACUUUGUUCCCUCUCCACACCCACCCACCCACGCAAAAGAAGCAAAGGAAAGGAACAAAGAACCACCCACUGCCCACAUCCACUUGUGUGUUGCCUUAAUUCUUCGAAUCGGGGACAACAGCAGAGCCAGAGGACAACCCCCAACCCCACCACAGCAUUCCUCGUUUCCAAUCUUGAUAACGGACGCAGUCUUUGAUUUGAUGACGAUGGUGAUCAUGAUGAUAUGAUUUGAUCGAUUCAAUGAUUGCAAGCUGAAAUGUAAUGAAUGGAAUCAAACCACAACCACAACCCUACCCACAAGAAUUGGUUAAGCAUCAACAACCCCACUGUUGGUAGGUCAGCAUCAGCCCUACCCAACGCCGCCGUCUCCGUUCGAUGACCAUGAUAUGAGUGCCGAUUUUCUUUAAACCCUUUCUCUCCGAUUGUUGAUUGAAUUGUUGUUUAGUUUACCCAUGGACGCUGCCACCUCUCGCCCUGCGGUAGUCAUCGACAACGGCACCGGGUAUGCCAAAAUGGGUUUUGCUGGGAACGUGGAACCCUGUUUCAUAGUGCCCACCGUAGUUGCAACAAACGACUCAUUUGUUAGUCAGCCGCGAGUUAGUUCUACUAAAGGUAGCAAUUGGUUGGCACAGCACAGCGCUGGGGUGAUGGCGGAUCUGGAUUUUUAUAUAGGAGAGGAGGCAUUGUCUAGAUCUAAAUCAAACAAUAGUUAUAACUUGAGCUAUCCCAUUAAGCAUGGCCAGGUUGAAGAUUGGGAUGCGAUGGAGAGGUUCUGGCAGCAGUGUAUAUUUAAUUAUCUUCGCUGUGAUCCUGAGGAUCAUUACUUUUGUUUAACUGAGAGUCCACUAACUGCACCAGAGAGCCGCGAAUAUACAGGCGAGAUAAUGUUCGAGACUUUUAAUGUUCCAGGCCUCUAUAUUGCGGUGCAGCCUGUUCUUGCCUUGGCUGCUGGUUAUACAACUUCGAAGUGUGAGAUGACAGGAGUUGUUGUGGAUGUCGGAGAUGGAGCUACUCAUGUUGUGCCUGUAGCUGAAGGUUAUGUUAUUGGAAGCAGCAUUAAAUCAAUUCCAAUUUCUGGGGAAGAUGUGACUCUCUUUGUUCAACAACUUAUGCGGGAAAGAGGUGAAAAUGUUCCACCUGAGGAAUCCUUUGAUGUUGCCAGGAAAGUAAAGGAAAUGCAUUGCUACACUUGUUCUGACAUAGUCAAGGAAUUUAAUAAGCAUGAUAGAGAUCCAGCAAAGUAUGUUAAGCAGUGGAGAGGUACUAAGCCACGGACAGGAGCUCCUUAUACUUGUGAUAUAGGCUAUGAACGGUUCCUCGGCCCAGAGAUCUUCUUUAAUCCGGAAAUUUAUAGUACUGAUUUCACCACUCCUUUACCUGAAGUGAUUGACAAAUGCAUACAGUCUGCACCUAUAGAUACAAGAAGAGCCUUGUACAAGAAUGUGGUAUUAUCUGGAGGAUCAACCAUGUUCAAAGACUUCCAUCGAAGAUUACAACGAGAUUUGAAAAAGAUUGUUGAUGGUCGAGUUGAUGCAUCAAAUGCUCGGCUUGGAGGAGAAAUAAAGGCACAACCUGUUGAAGUAAAUGUUGUGAGCCAUCCCAUUCAGAGGUAUGCGGUUUGGUUUGGUGGCUCGGUGCUUGCAUCUACCCCUGAGUUUUUCACGGCAUGCCAUACCAAAGCAGAAUACGAGGAAUGUGGCGCAAGCAUAUGCCGCACAAACCCAGUUUUUAAGGGGAUGUACUGACCUGACCUGACCUGAUCUCCACAGAUGGCCAGACUCUUUCUGAGUUUUGACAAGGUUUUGUGGCGCCACACUUGCCAUGGCAAGGUAGUGUGCAUGCUUCUUUACCCUAUGGUGGAUGGAUGUAUCAAGGCGACAGAGUAAAAUCUAGUUAUUCUGGCUAAGCUGUGGUCGCUGCAAUGCAUUCGAUAUUAUUCAUUAAUUUUCCAUUGCUGCUGAUUAGUCAGGCAGGCAGGCGGCUUAAAGCACUGUUCUGUUUUCAAUGAGAAAGUUGCAAAAUCACCACCAUACACCAACACCUGUAUAAAAUUAAUCAAUACAUACGCAUUCAUUCAUAUAUCCUUGCUCAUUUAAUUUUAUACAAGGAGGAGCUGAGCUUUUCUGUUGUAUUUCAGCAACUCUUUUAACGUGUUUGUGUUUACAUGUCAGUUUGGCUCUAUUCUGUCUAGUGGAUAAUUUAUGUAUUUUUACAUCUA